UCACUAUCCAAGCAUGAAUUUAUUCUGCCUAAUCCAGAUAUGGUUCCCAAUUGUAAACAAAAGAAUCUCCAAGUACACUUUGCCAAACUCCAUAUAUUCAUAUGAUACCUGCCACCCCAAAACAAGGUUUUAGUAACAGUAAAACCAAACAGCAGAUAUAGAGAGAGUGAUGGCAGAAAUCAUAGGAGCACCAGCUGCAGCAGCUAUGGUUAAAACAAUAUUUGUAUAUCCCAUCAAAUCAUGCCGUGGAAUUUCUGUUUCUCAAGCACCUAUCACUUCCACUGGAUUUCGAUGGGAUCGACAAUGGUUAGUGGUGAAUUCCAAAGGCAGGGCCUAUACUCAAAGAGUUGAGCCAAAGCUUGCUCUGGUUGAAGUGGCCUUGCCAACUGAGGCAUUUUCCAAGGGCUGGGAACCAAAUAAGGAUUCAUAUCUAGUUAUCAGGGCUCCCGGCAUGAGUCCACUGAAGAUUCCACUAAGUAAUCCAUCUGAAGUAACGGACGGUGUCUCGGUCUGGGAGUGGUCUGGUUCUGCCUUGGACGAGGGAGCUGAGGCAGCAAUGUGGUUUUCCACGCAUCUUGGAAAACCAUGUCGGCUGGUUCGCUUUAGUGAAGUGAAAGAAAUGAGGGUUGUAGACCCUAAUUAUGCUCAAGGGUACAAGGUUAUGUUUUCUGAUGGAUAUCCAUACCUUUUGCUAUCCCAGGGCUCAUUGAAUGCGUUAAAUUCUCUUCUCAAGGAGCCUGUUCCAGUUAAUCGUUUUAGACCCAAUGUCCUUGUUGAUGGAUGUGAACCAUUUGCUGAGGAUUUGUGGAAGGAGAUCCGGAUCAAUAAUUUGACAUUUGAAGGUGUCAAACUAUGCUCUCGCUGUAAGGUACCUACUAUAAAUCAAGAAACAGCAGUAGCAGGCUCUGAGCCAACAGAAACUCUCACGAAGUUUCGAUCCGAUAAGGCCUUGCGUCUGAAUAAGAAACAACAAGGGAAGGUAUAUUUUGGACAGAACAUGGUUUGUUCCGAUGCUCUUAGCCGUGGAAAAGGAAAGAUAAUCAAGGUGGGAGAUCCUGUUUAUGUCCUUAAGGUUGUCCCUUCUAGUGCUGAGGCUCCAGCUUGAACUCAAGUUCUAUCACUUUACUGUGAAGUGAUCAUUUGAAUAAAGGUGAUUGGAAAAGAUUAAGAAUACUAAUGUAAGGAAAAAGGGUCUUUUAGGCUACUGCUAUAUAUCUAAAUAAAAGGAUAGCUUGAAUAUCUCCUUUCCUCGUUGUGAAUUGCAUCAAGCCCGGUAUAAAACCAUGUAAAUGUGAAUACUAACAACUAUAUCUCAAAUCCAAGCAAGUUGAGCUCGGCUAUAUGAAUGGAUGUCGCUUCAAAAGGGGAAAAAGAGAAGUUCUCUAACCAUUUAGGUCAUGUCUGAGAAUGCAGUAUGUUUUGCAUAAUAAGUGCUUUUAGUACCAAAAAAGCUUUAGGAUGGUGUUUAUAACUUAUUAAGUACUUUUAGUUUGGAAGAUUUCAGACCAAAAACUUUUGGUAUGACAUUAAGUUCAGAGCUUUUGAGUUAUACUUGGGGCACAUUUCAGUA